CUCAUGUCAAUUUAAUUCUUAGACCAGCCAGAAGGACCUAGAGGGUGUACAGGAAUUGUCUUCCUCUCCUACAAUGCCUAGAUAUUAUUAGAUUCAAAAUGCCAUAAUUUGUGGUUUUUAAGCAAUAAAAUCCAUUUUAAUUCAACAAAUUAGAAUGAGAAUUACUGGAACCUCAUGAUAUUGUAUUUUUACAAUUGUAUUUUUAAUUACCCUCUCUCACUUCAUAGAAAAUAACCAAUUCUAAUAAUAAUUUCCACUUUUAACUUAAUUCAGAAUCAUGUAUGAAGUAACAUAUUAGGGGAGAACCUUGUGCUAUAUUCUUUACAGAAUGAACCAUGGGAUGUAAUGUUAAGGUAGAAAAGACAUGCAUGCAAAUAGUUAGUGGAACAUUGUGUUAGAUCUUAUAAGCCAGAUGUUAUAUUAUGGUCUAGAUUGAUUGGGAAAAAAAUUCAUGAGAGUUAGUUAAUUGAUCAUUGAUUUGGGGUUUUGACUGGAAUAAAUAGUUCAUCUACAUUCUCCCUUCUCACAUUGUGAAAUUAAAUAAAAAUUUCUAGCUAUAUGGAUCUUAUUGGUCUAAUUAGAAUGCAAAUCUAACACCAUAAAUAGUUUAAGCAUUUUAUUUAUUUAAUUAAUUCUUUUUCUGCAGGUGACUUUAUAGCUCCUGGUUUCACAUCAAAUCUCCCAGGAUCACAGAAUACAAACGUGAGCAAGCAAUUGAGAAACUAUAUAGACCAAAGCUCACGUCCCAAUCCAAUUGUAAAAGAGGAAAAUGCAGCCAAAAAAUCUAAGUCCACAGAGAGAAAAUAAUUUGAAAAUUACAGAAAUCAACUGCACUAUAAUGAUGGAAUUUGUUCUCUUGGGCUUUUCUGACAUUCCCAAAUUCCACUGGGUUCUUUUUGGGAUAUUCUUAGUCAUCUAUAUCAUUAUCUUGUUGGGAAAUGGUAUCAUAAUUCUAAUAACAAGAAUAGAUUUCUCUCUUCAGACCCCUAUGUAUUUUUUCCUCAGCAAUUUUUCCUUUCUAGAAAUCUGUUAUGUAUCUGUCACAAUUCCCAAAAUGCUCAUGGACCUUUGGACCCAGAAAGGAGUUAUUUCUUUUUUUGCCUGUGCUACACAAAUGUGCUUCUUCCUCAUGCUGGGAGCUACUGAGUGUUUCCUUCUGGCCAUGAUGGCCUAUGACCGAUACGUGGCCAUUUGUAACCCUCUGCACUAUCCUCUAGUCAUGAACCACAAGGUCUGUGUCCAGCUGGUGGUUGCCUCCUGGAUGAGUGGACUUCCAGUUCAGAUAGGGCAAACAUGCCAGAUUUUCUCUCUGCCCUUUUGUGGUUCCAAUCAAAUCAACCACUUCUUCUGUGACAUACCCCCAUUAUUGAAGCUGGCUUGUGGAGACAUCUUUGUGAAUAAGAUGAUGGUCUACAUAUUUGCUGUACUAUUUGUCACUGUUCCUUUUAUGUUGAUACUUGGGUACUAUAUUAGAAUUAUCUCUACUAUCCUGAAAUUGCCAUCAAGUACAGGAUGGACCAAAGCAUUUUCAACCUGCUCUUCCCACCUCAUAGUUGUAGUUUUAUUCUAUGGAUCAGCCACUAUCACUUAUUUAAAACCUAAAUCCAAUCAAUAUGAAGGAAUGGACAAACUACUCUCUCUUUUCUAUGCUGUUUUGACCCCAAUGUUCAAUCCUAUGAUAUACAGUCUGCGGAACAAAGAUGUCAAAGAGGCACUGAGAAAAUUUCUUCUCAAAUUUUCAGCAUUGUGGGAUAUUUGAACUAGUAAGUUACUGUUUUAUAUAUUUAAUUUGCAUGCAGAUUUAAUUGAAAUUUCUUUUCAUUAUUGUUGUAAAUUUUUAAAUAAACUAGUGAUGUAAUUACUUUUAGUAGACUCAUUUUCUCAUAGUUGUGAUAACUGUGUUCAUUUAUUUAGUAGUUUUACUUUUAAAGAUCAAUUUCCUCUUCACUGUAAACUAGUAAAUAAAGAUGUGUAACUAAACAAGAUGAUGUGAUAGGUAGUAUGUUCUAUAAUUUAAAUCAUACCUUUUUUAAUUCUUUUGCUGAUCUUUCUAGACAUUAUCUCAACAUUCUCUAUUGAAAAAUCAAAACAUCCUUAGAUGCUAUAGAGUCAUUACUAAAUGAUUUAUUUAUAGAAAUUAAAGCAUAAAUACAUAAGGAUACAUGUAUAAGAAGGACUACUAAAAAUAAUGAAUGCAUAAGAUAAUGUUUAUUGCAGCACUCUAGUUCUAAGCAAAAAAACUUUAAAAGUGAAUACUUGUAUUGAGAAAUAUUUUAGUAAAUAUGUUGUAUAAAUAUAAUAGACGCUUAUGGAGUCAUUAAGAAGACCAUGUUGCACAUAUAUGGUAAUGGCCCCCAAUAAAUCUUUCCUUCUUGUAUCCAUGCCCUUUUGUUAUUCCUUCCCACCUUGAUUCUGUGAUGUGAUUAUCUUUGGUGAAUAGAACAUUGGUAAACAUGAAUAGCAGUUGGGCAUUAGGACUUGUCUUUUCUAGCAAUGGAAAUCUUUCCAUCCAUAGGUCAAAAAGAUAAGACUAGACUCCUGGACAAUAACAAGGAAAAUAGAAAGAAGCCACAGCUCAUAUACAAACCAUAAGGAUGAAAUCAAAUUUAAACAGAGUUAUAAUAUGUUAUUUUGAGAGUUUUUGAAACUAUUAUUCAACACAUUCUAUCAUAUCUUUAAACCUUAUGUUAUUCAUAAAUUUUUAAAAUUUGUUAAUCUCUUUCUAUAUUGAAAUGUACCUUUUAGUUGUUUUUCUUAGAAAUGCCAAUGUGUGAUAGACUUUCUAAUUCCUUGCAUAUCCCAAAAUUUCUUCCACAAAGUAGAACACUCUGGUUUGAAAAAAAGUCUCUGGGCUGAGUAACUGUAAAAAAAUUUACAAGACCAUUACUAAUAAUAUAAAGGGGAGAAAUACACAUGCUGUCAGAUAUUGAAAUUGUGGAUAAAAAUGUAUGACUGAACUGUUUAUCUACAGCUCCCCAAAACAGUAUAUGCAUCCUUUUUAAAGAAAAUAUUCACCAAGGUAAACCAAAAACUGUACCAUUAAAAAACCAAUCUCAAUACUUAAAAUAAUAAUAAUAAUACAGAAUAUGUUCUCUAGUCACAGUGGAAUUCAAUUUCAUUUUCUUGUGUAAUGUGGUGGAGGAGGGAAUUAUGAGGAAAUUUUUGGGUGUGAUAGAUAUGUUCCUUAUCUUGAUUGUGAUAAUGGGUUCAUUGCUGUAUACAUAUGCAAAAUGUGUCAAAUUAUAAACUUUAAAUACAAGACUUUUAUUAUGUUUCAAUGACACAUUAACAAAGCUGUUCAAAAAAAGUGUGAAAUUGAAACACCAAAACUUUCCCUUAAAAAAAAUAUAAAGAGAAUCCAUUGCUACGAAACUUCACUUACUAGAACUGCCAAACAAAUCCUUAUCCUGUAGUAACAUGAUACCAGAGAAAAGUACAUAUCUCAUAAAGAAAUAAAUAAUAUGAAACAAUAGUAAAUAUAAAAAUAAACAUUAAAUAUCGUUUCUAUUUUAAUUUCCUUAAAAUACAUAUGCAUCUUUAAAGCAAAAAUUUUAACAUUUUUAUACCACCUAGUACAUAAUAGGUAUCUUAGGUCAUGUGGUAACUUGCUGGCCCAUGGCCAAGCAUUCUACUAAGGCCCAGUGGCAGGUCAAGAGCUUGUUCUCAAAAAACGACUAUUUAUCCACAGAGAAUGACAGGGCCUUAGACAUUCGCCUAUAGGGACCUGUCACAGGCUCCAAACAGCAUCCCUACCUGCCAGUCGGCCUUAGUAGAACCAUUGGAUCUACUGGAACAGAUGGUCCAAGUGACAGAGCAGCUUACACAGUGGCCUGGAGCUGUUGCAGAGUCUUCUCUUGUUCUGGGCCCCAAUCAAGACCAGAAGCUUUGGGUCAUUUGGUAAGUAGAGCAGAG